AUGUCUUUACGUGUAGCUCAAGCCGCCACUCGCAUUCGCCCAUUAGCCUUCCGCUUACCCCUCCAGCGAAGAGGUUACGCGGACCCCGUGUCAGACAAGAUAAAGCUCACCCUCGCCCUUCCCCAUCAGUCAAUAUACAAGUCUACGGAUGUGGUGCAAGUCAACAUACCUGCGGAGUCCGGAGAGAUGGGUGUGCUAGCCAACCACGUGCCUUCCAUCGAGCAAUUGAAGCCCGGACUCGUCGAGAUAAUUGAAGAAAGCGGUGGAAGCAAGCAAUUUUUCUUGUCUGGAGGGUUCGCUAUUGUGCAGCCAGGCUCUCAGCUCAGCAUCAACGCCGUGGAAGGGUUUCCCUUGGAAGACUUCAGUUCCGACGCUGUUCGAUCUCAAAUUACUGAAGCUCAAAAGAUAGCUGGAGGGAGCGGGAGUGAGCAGGACAUUGCAGAGGCCAAAAUAGAGCUAGAAGUCUUAGAGGGUUUGCAAGCGUCACUAAAGUAA